AUGGCCAAGAACAUGACACUUCUAUGGUGCACCUUCUCGGCUCCGUGCUUGCCGGUUAUGAUCUCUCCGUGCUGGCGGGUUAUGAUCGCUACUUGCUGGUGGGUUAUGAUCACUCCGUGCUGGUGGGUUAAGAUCACUUUGUGCUGGCGGGUUAUGAACAGGGAUACAUCCAGACGCUGUUGGACUUCGAUAAAGAAGAACACAAAUAUAAAAUAGUCAUGGACCUCAACCCCCGGGGUGAACUUCCUACAUUCAAACACUGGAACUACAUAGUGAAUGAGUCCUAUGGAGCAUGCAUGUAUCUGGAGAGCCAGUUUAGGUCCCAGGGGACCCCUGGGGGUCAGGUAGAGCAGGCCCUGAUGUGCCAAUGCAUGUUUGAGGGCCGAACCUUCUACGAGAAACUCAGUAAAGUGGUCUUCUAUGAGUAUUACGUCCCUGAGAGAGAGAGACACGACUCUGCUAUCAAG